AUGGCAAAACCUAUGGGUUCCUUUAUUUUUUUAGUUCUUCUUUUGGUCCUUUUCUUUGAUUCAUCAAUAGCGAUUUCUGUGAGUUACAAUGUGGUCAGCUUAGGAGCCAAACCCGAUGGUGUAACUGACUCAUCGAAAGCCUUUCUCGAUGCAUGGACGAAAGCUUGUGGCUCGACAGUGGCAGCAAAGAUUUAUGUGCCAGAAGGGAGGUUCUUGCUAGGAAAUACUGUGUUUGAAGGCGAAUGCAAGAACAAUGAUAUUACCAUACGCAUUGAUGGCACUCUUGUGGCUCCAGUAUAUUAUAACGCUCUUCGAAAUGCCGAUUACUGGCUUCUUUUUCACCGUGUUGAUGGCGUUUGGAUUAGUGGAGGUACUUUUGAUGGUCAAGGUGCUGGAUUGUGGGCUUGUAAAAAGACAGGGAAAAGUUGCCCAAUAGGCGCCACUACUCUGAAAUUUAUCAACUCCAAAAAUAGUGGGAUAUAUGGGUUAAAGUCGAUAAAUAGCCAGAAGUUUCAUAUACUUAUCCAUAAAUGCGACAAUGUGAAAGUGCAGGGAGUUACUAUUUCAGCUCCAUGGGACAGCCCUAACACCGAUGGAAUUCAUGUGGAAUUAUCAAACAAUGUCGCGAUCAUGAACUCCAAUAUUGGCACUGGUGACGAUUGUGUGUCAGUUGGCCGUGGUACUAACAAUUUAUGGGUUAAGGGUAUUGCUUGUGGCCCAGGCCAUGGGAUCAGUAUUGGCAGUCUUGGCAAGGAACAAAAUGAGGCUGGUGUGCAAAAUGUGACAGUUGAAACUGUGAAAUUUACAAGAACUGAUAAUGGACUGAGGAUCAAAACUUGGGCGAAACCUAGCAGUAGUUUCGUCAGUAACAUUCUUUUUCGAAAUGUCACCAUGAACAAUGUCAAGAAUCCUAUUAUUAUUGAUCAAAAUUACUGCCCUCAUAAGAAAAAUUGCCCAGAUCAGGUUUCAGGAGUCAAAAUAAGUGAUGUGACUUAUCGAGAUAUAUUCGGAACAUCUGCAACUGAAGUGGGUGUGAAGUUUAAUUGCAGUUCACAUAAUCCAUGUUCUGGGAUAACCUUAGAGGAUUUGAAGCUGACUUAUAAGAAUCAACCAGCUAAAGCAUCGUGUAGCCAUGUUGUUGGUUCUGCUCGUGGUUUCGAUCUGCCUAACACUUGUUUUGGCAAGCAAAAUAUGUUAUAGACGAUAGGAUGCAUUUCCUGAUAGGUGUUCUGUCUUUGUAUCGCAAUUUGUAUAAGAAUGUAUUUCUUUAUAAUAUUAAUUAAUAAUAACUGUUAUUGGAUCUCUGUCAGUCAAAAAACCAGGGUAGACAAAGAAA